CAACAAUAUUCAUAUUGUUGUCAAAUAAAUGUUGAAAGUGAUAGGGACAGGUUUCGUUUUUCGUUAUGGCUAAUUCAAAAAAUUACACUGAUGUAGGUUUAAAUAAUGAUAGAAACCUAAAUAUAUCGAAUAGUUCGCCAAGUAGUGAUUUCGAUCGUUUAGAAGACUGUAAUGAGGCUGAGUUUCGUGGAGCUACUCUCUCAUUAUCUCGAGAAACUUCUCCACCGGAAUCGGUAGCGGCUGCUGGUUUAGAUGAUCUUAAUGGUAAUGUUGGUGCUGAAGCAUCUGGAGACGAUAAGCGGCGUCCUUCUUCGACUCGUCUGGCACGUUCCACCAAUGUUCAAGAUUUCUUUGCUGUUAGAGAGGGUGCUCUCCAGAAGGCUGCCGAGCAAUGUCGCCCAGUACUCCUGGAUCACAUGGAUGGUGAUUUGAGAGGCAUUUGGUUACUCACAGAGAUUGAUCAUUGGGAUACGGAAAAAGAGCGACUCUUGUUCCUGACGGAGAAGAGCCUGAUAUCUUUAAAAUAUGAUUUCAUCACUCUGAAGCUUUUAGAAUAUCAGCGAUAUGAUCUUAAGAAAUUCUCCCAAAUAGUCAUAGGAGAACUGAAAUAUCCUGAAAAGUCAUUAAUGCCGAAGAUAAAUGGAGCAAUGGACUUUUUAAAGCAAAGAAUUAUACCCAAGUUAAGAGUGGGCCGCAAUUUCAGACAACCUGUUGAGCAAAACCCUGCCAAGAUGACAGUCGUUGCCAGUAGACCCAGAUCGGCUGUUGCCAGAAACGAACUUGGUGUGCAGUGUUCCUGGGGUAGUCUGGAACAGAUCCCCGCCUUGAAACGCUGGAACCCCUGGAGCCGAGAAAUUCCGUGGGCCACUUAUACUUCGCAUCCUCUUUUCAAAAUGGAUACGGCCGAGAAGACGAAUUACAACAUAGAAGAUUUUUCCAAAACUCUGGUCAACACUCUUUCAGAGGGUAGUAAUUCUGCUACCCCAAUGGCAUCACCCUCCACCCCCCUUUGCAAAGUCCUCUAUCAGCCAAUCAUCAUUGAGAGCUAUGCAGGCCUGGCCGCCGCACUUCACAAUGCUAAUGAAUUGGGUUUUUUUAAAUCCCGUGGUAAAGUCAGCUUCUAAGUGUACGACCCGAGCUUAAAACAGAAGUGAUAGUGGAUGAAUACAAUUGGCUGAAAUUCUUUGAGUAUUGUUGCAUGCAUGUGUCCUAGUCUAAUUAAAUAAUCGGAUCUCUUUGCAAGCCAGUAUAGAGCAAAAUUAAGAAAUUCUCCUACUGGCCUGUUGUUGCAGACCACUUUUCAAAAGUCGCAAAACAGUAUACUCUCGAUAUCUCAAAAAUUGCAAAACAGUAUACUCUCGAUAUCUCAAAAAUCGCAAAACAGUAUACUCUCGAUAUCUCAAAAAUCGCAAAAUAGUAUACUCUCGAUAUCUCAAAAAUCGCAAAACAGUAUACUCUCGAUAUCUCAAAAAUCUUAUUAUAUCAAAAAAAUAUUUUACCCUUUGGUGUUAUAUAUCCACCUUAUGUUUAUUUAAAUUCCUAUGUUGAAGACUUUCUUCACAAGUGGAAUUUUUUUUUUAAAAAGAAUUUUUUCGUAAAA